CGUGCUCGGCUCUGUCUGUCGGAGUUGGCGCGAACGUGCACGCUGGCGCGAGACAAAGAGCAUCCUGUACUCCCGCGGAAACAGCACCGGCGUUAAAAUCGUUAUCCGUUCAGUGUACGAGCGGUAUCUGUUCUACGACUGGUUAUGGCUGACAAAGAAGCGGCAUUUGAUGACGCGGUGGAGGAGAGGGUGAUCAAUGAAGAAUACAAAAUAUGGAAGAAAAACACUCCGUUUCUAUAUGAUCUGGUGAUGACCCACGCUUUGGAGUGGCCCAGUCUUACUGCUCAGUGGUUGCCAGAUGUCACCAGACCUGAAGGAAAGGAUUUUAGUGUGCACCGUCUUGUUCUCGGCACACAUACCUCAGAUGAGCAGAACCACCUGGUUAUUGCCAGCGUUCAGCUGCCCAAUGAUGAUGCCCAAUUUGAUGCCUCAAAUUAUGACAGUGAAAAAGGAGAAUUUGGUGGUUUUGGCUCAGUGAGUGGCAAGAUAGAGAUUGAGAUUAAGAUUAAUCACGAGGGAGAGGUGAACCGGGCUCGCUACAUGCCACAGAACCCCUGCAUUAUUGCCACCAAAACCCCAACUAGUGAUGUGCUGGUCUUUGACUACACAAAGCACCCCUCUAAACCAGACCCCUCUGGAGAAUGCACCCCUGACUUGCGUUUAAGAGGGCAUCAGAAAGAGGGUUACGGUCUAUCCUGGAACCCCAACUUGAGCGGUUGCUUGCUGAGUGCAUCUGAUGACCAUACUAUCUGUCUGUGGGACAUCAGCACAGUGCCAAAAGAGGGAAAGAUAGUGGACGCUAAGACCAUUUUCACUGGUCACACUGCUGUAGUGGAAGACGUGUCUUGGCAUUUGCUGCACGAGUCACUGUUUGGGUCAGUGGCUGAUGACCAGAAGCUAAUGAUCUGGGACACACGGUCCAAUAACACAUCCAAACCCAGUCAUGCAGUGGAUGCCCACACUGCAGAAGUCAACUGCUUGUCCUUUAACCCCUACAGCGAAUUUAUUCUGGCCACUGGUUCUGCUGACAAAACUGUCGCAUUGUGGGAUCUGCGAAACCUCAAGCUGAAACUUCACUCUUUUGAGUCGCACAAAGACGAAAUCUUCCAGGUUCAAUGGUCACCCCAUAAUGAGACCAUCCUGGCCUCUAGCGGAACAGACAGGAGGCUCAAUGUCUGGGACCUCAGUAAAAUUGGUGAGGAACAAUCACCAGAAGAUGCAGAGGAUGGUCCUCCAGAGCUAUUGUUUAUCCACGGAGGCCAUACUGCUAAGAUUUCAGACUUUUCCUGGAAUCCGAAUGAACCAUGGGUGAUUUGCUCGGUGUCUGAGGACAAUAUCAUGCAAGUCUGGCAAAUGGCUGAAAACAUUUACAAUGAUGAAGACCCAGAAGGGGCAGCAGACACUGAAGUCCAGGGAUAAAGAAACUACUCUUCAUAUUCUUUCGCACUCUCUGUAUAAAACAAAACUCUUCUCAAGACUGUCGGUCUACACAGUAGGGAAGAAUUGAAGUGCUCUCUAGCCCAAGUAAAGGAAUAAUCGACUAUACCACCAUCAGACAUUUUCUACUAUGUUAUAGAGUAUUUUUCUAAGCAAUGUUGCAUUGGUAUUGGCCAGAAUUUCCCAACUUACUUGACCAGUGUCUCAUUAUGAUGUGCCCUUGCAGUUUGAGUCUACUUUAAGUAUAACUUAAAUAUUUAAAGGGUCUAGUAUAUUGUGAUCUGAGUGCAGUGGUUCAUUUGAUGUUCAGUAGUUUUUUUACUUGUACUGCAAGUGCAUUGUUUUCCCCCAUUAAGCAUCUUUUUAUGUGCAUGGCUAGAUAUAUUGAUAACUUAAGCUCUUGUGUACUUUGACUUUGAGCUCACAUAAUGGUCAGAUGGUAUGUUGUUUAAUGUCUUUUUAAUAUUGUGACUUUUCAGUGUCUUUCUCCUGUAUGUCCACACUGUUGUACAGAACGAUAUGAAUAAACUGUUUUGUUGAUAAAGUUUUAAA